GUAAACCCCAGUGGGGUGUGCCUGGGGAGGGUUGGUCAGUCCCUGCUCCCCCGUGACCCUCGUGCUGCCCCACAGGACGCGCUGCGCAGCUCCGGCUCCGAUGGCAUGGGGCAGAUCUCCCUGGAGUUCUACCAGAAGAAGAAAUCCCGGUGGCCUUUCUCGGAUGAGUGCAUUCCCUGGGAGCUGUGGACCAUCAAGGUGAACGUGGUGAACCUGGCCAACGAGCAGGAGCGGCAGAUCUGCCGCGAGAAGGUGGGGGAGAAGCUCUGCGAGAAGAUCAUCAACAUCGUGGAGGUGAUGAACCGCCACGAGUACCUGCCCAAGAUGCCCACCCAGUCCGAGGUGGACAAUGUCUUUGACACCAGCCUGAAGGACGUGCAGCCCUACCUGUACAAGAUCUCCUACCAGAUCACGGACUCCCUGGGCACCUCGGUCACCACCACCAUGCGCCGGCUCAUCAAGGACACGCUGGCGCUGUAGGGCUGGUGGCACCCAGGCAGGGUCACCGUGGCACUUUUGGGGCAGUGACUCUGCUUGGAUCCCCUCCUUCACCUCCAGAAAGCUUCUGGGAGGAGCUUGGCUUGGCCUAGCCUGUAAUUUGGGGGUUGCUGCUCCUUGGUUUUGUCCAUCCUGGAGAACUGGCUCAGUGGCUCCGGCCUGGCUGAUGACUGGGGUGAGUCCUCAGGGCAAGGGUGGCACCAGCCCUGAGCGGUGCUGGGGCCUGGCAGAGGGUGCUGGGGGUCAGGGUGACACCCCACCCACCCCUCUGCAGCACACUUGGUGCCACACAGCCAGUGCUGGCCGUGUCCCUUAUCACCACCUGUCCCCAGUGUCACUCCUGUCCCUGGGGGGCCAGAGCUGCCCCAAAAAUAAAGAGUUUCUGCUUUCACACA